CCAUAUAAGUUCAAAGAUGAAAAAGCCUGGAAGGAAGAGAGAUGACUAGAAACGAUUCGGUUGCCCGUUUUAUGUGUGGAUUAAUUGUCGGAGUAGAGAACCUUUGGGCAUAUCAGGGGAAAUAACAACUCAAUGUUUAUAUCAAGUGCAAGCUAGCUAGCUAAAUUGCCAUAAAUGUUUAAUGCUUUUCGACCUGUCCCCAAAUUAAUGUCAUUGGUUCAGAGUUUGUUUUGAUAUUUUAUCCUGCGUGUCGUGAUCGUGUUUGGUGUGGGAGGACAAAAUAAAUGUAUGCAUGAUGGUGCACGCACUCCACCGGUUUGGGUUCUGUGUAAUACAUGGUUACACCUGCUACAUUAGGUUUGAUACACACAGACCGCAUGAGAGAGGAAUGUACACAACACAGCGAUGAGAAGAAUAGACACAGUUUGUGAAAGUAUGCCUUAUCUACUUUGAAAAACGAGUACAAUUAUUUAGUCAGACUGCUCUGCAGCAUACUUAGGUAGUCAAGCCUAGCUAAAUAGGAUGACUAAAGACAGUACAGAGAUAACGUUAGAUGGUUGUCUGGCUGAGAUGAAGACUUUAAGGAAUAAAAAAUAAUAAAGUCAUAAGUAAUACCAUAAUAUAUGGUCACUUAUGAUUAACAUUUGUUGAACUUUGGUAAAUGGCUAUUUAUGUGAAAUGCAUUAGUAAGUUGGACUUAAAUAAAAUGUUAUUUGUCACAUACAUAUGGUUAGCAGAUGUUAAUGCGAGUGUAGCGAAAUGCUUGUGCUUCUAGUUCCGACAGUGCAGUAAUAUCUUACAAUUCCCCACAACAACCUAAUACUUACAAAUCUAAAGGGGUGAAUGAGAAUAUGUACAUAAGUAUAUGGAUAAGCGAUGGCCAAGCUGCAUAGGCAAGGUGCAAUAGAUGGUAUAAAAUACAGUUUAUACAUGUGAUAUGAGUAAUGUAAGAUAUGUAAACAUUAUUUAGAGUGGCAUUGUAUUUGUUACCGGUCUGUUUCCAUACCAAAAACCUGCUAUAGUGUCCUAGACUAGUCUGACGUUGACCAGCCAUGUCUGAGGCCCUGAAGAAGCGCAAGUCGAAGGUUCUCCGCAGCGAGAUGGGCACACCGGAGGUGAAACGUGGCCGCGGAGAGGGGGACCAGGAUGUACGCGUGUAUAGUGAGGAGGUGGAGCUGGAUGGCAGGGACCCAGAGGAGGACUACCAGCAAUAUAAACUAACAUGUGAAGCUCUGGCCCAACUGAUGAACAAUAUCCAGGAGCUGAAAGCCAACGGCGCCAAGGAUGGGUGUGCUGAGGUAGAGCAGAAGAGGAUGCAGAGCUGUAUCCACUUUAUGAGUCUGAAGAAACUCAACCGCCUGGCUCACAUGAGACUGAAGAGGGGGAGAGACCAGACACAUGAGGGCAAGCAGAGAGUAGAUGUGUUGCACCUGCAGCUCCAGAACCUGCUCUAUGAGGUCAUGCACCUGCAGAAGGAGAUCAGCAAGUGUCUGGAGUUCAAGUCAAAGCAUGAGGAGAUAGAUCUUGUGAGUGUAGAUGAGUUCUACCAGGAGGCCCCCCCUGAGGUAUCCCGCACCCCCCUCACCAAGGACGACACCCACCAACUCACGCUGGCCAGGCUGGACUGGGAACUGGAGCAGAGGAAGAGGCUGGCUGAGCAGUACAAGGAGUCUCUGUCCAGUAAGGAGAAGAUCCAGAAAGGCAUUGAGGUGAAGAAGGAACACCUGAGUUCUCUACAGCCUGGACUCAACGCUAUCAUGCAGGCAUCCCUCCCAGUCCAGGAGUAUCUCUCCAUGCCGUUUGAACAGACCCAGAGACAGACAGAGAUUGCCCGCCACCUUCCCCCCUCUCUCUAUGUCCUACUGGUACAGGCCAGUGCUUACGGACAGGCCUGCGAUAAGAGCCUGAGUGUGUCCAUCAGUGGAGACGUGGACGAGGCCAAAGCUCUGUCUAAACCUCCAGAGGACUCCCAGGAUGAUGAUUCUGGUGAUUCUGAUGCAGAGGAGGAGCAGGAGAAAACGAAGAGGAGGAGACCUACUACAGGUGGACAGCUGGAUGAUAAGAGACGUGAGAUGCUGAAGAGACACCCUCUCUCCCUCUGCCUAGACCUCAAAUGCAAAGAUGGCAGUGUGCUGCAUCUGUUGUUCUACUACCUGAUGAACCUGAACAUCAUGACUGUCAAGGCCAAAGUCUCCACCGCCACAGAUCUCACUGGAGCUAUCAGCGCCGGGGAGCUGUUAAACUCUGACACGCUGCUCAACUGCCUGUAUGCCAACGACCAGGGGCGCAAAACGCCCAACCCCUCUAACCGCUACCAGUUUGAUAAAGUGGGGAUCAGUUCAUUUGGAGACUACGUGGCAGAACUGGGUCAUCCCUACCUGUGGGUGCAGAGUCUGGGAGGACUGAAGUUCCCCAGUGACGCCCCAGAGGGUUUGCGUGCAGGCAGUUCUCUGAGUGCCAGUCACAUGGAAAGCACCAUGAAGCUGCUGAGAGGACGAGUCCAGUCACGCCUGGCCCUGCACAAACAGUUCUCCUCACUAGAGCACAGUAUUGUUCCAGUGUCCAGUGAGUGCCAGCACCUGUUUCCUGCUAAGGUUCUCUCCCGCCUGGCUCGCUGGACUACCAUCACACACCAGGAGUACACGAAUCAGGUGUUCACGCAGCAUGUGUCAGAAGCAGGUCUGGCUCGGGAGACUGACCUGUUCUUCAUGGCCGUGUUGGAGAGAGGAACAGCUCGUCUUCAGGCUGCGGUGGUGUUGAACCCCUGUUACCCAGUCAUUUCUCCUCUCUUUGCUGUCUCACUCAGCUGGAAGGGGGAGCGCAGUGGACGUACUGACGACAACCUUCGAGCCAUGGAGAGUGAGGUGAACGUUUUCAAAUCAGAGCUCCAGGGGCCCCGCCCAGGCCACCAGCUGCUGACCAAUCAGGUAGCUCGUCUGGGUGUCUGUCUGGAUGUGUACCUGGAGACUGACGGACAGGACGACAGCGUGGAGGGACCACGGGAGUUCCCCAGAGAGAAGAUGUGUCUACGCACUGUCAGGGGUCCGAACCGUCUGAAGCCGUUCAAGUACAACCACCCCCAGGGCUUCUUCAGUCACCGCUGACCUCUCCUUUACCCCUUCACCCCUGACCCCCUCACCCCAGAUCUCUUACCCUACCUCAAGGCUUCUUCUGAAUUUACCCUCUGUCAUGCCCCUGCCCUCAUAUCCCCAUAUCUUGUUUGUUUAACACACUGUUUGACACAUUCUGUGUGUCGGUUGGUCAAUAAAAAGCUAGUGAUCUUGUUUGGAUCUGCAA